UUAUUAUUUUAUUACCCAAAACACAUGAACACAAAACCCUCACUUACUCAUGGACUCUCUCAAUCAUUCCUUCAAUUCUUCCUCUUUUCAUUUCAACACCCUCACAACACUCAAUUCUAACAUUUCCAAAAUAUACCCUACUUGCCUUUCAUUCCCCUUCCUUCAUACCAUCAAAAAGGUGCCAACUUUACCAAUCCAGAACAGAGUUUCCAAUGAAAAUAAAGAAUUUCAUCAUUUUUCUUACUUGCAAAACGGAGGGUUAGGAGUGGCUUUGUUAAGCGUCACCACAAACGCCAAGGUUCGGAUCAGUCCUUUUGUAUCUACAUUGGCUUCGAAUCCAACCUUUGUUUCUGGGUUGUUUGCGUGGAUUGUUGCACAAUCCAUAAAAGUUUUCUUGAAUUUCUUUGUAGAUAGGAAGUGGGAUUUGAGGCUAUUGUGUUCUUCUGGAGGAAUGCCUUCUUCUCACUCAGCACUAUGCACUGCUCUCACCACUUCUGUUGCUAUCUGUCAUGGAGUUGCUGAUUCACUAUUUCCUGUUUGUUUGGGUUUUAGUCUUAUUGUUAUGUAUGAUGCUAUUGGUGUUCGAAGACAUGCUGGCAUUCAGGCUCAGAAAAUUGUGUGUGGACCUGGACACAGGUGCUUAAUAUGAUUGUGGCUGACCUAUUUCAAGGGCAUCCAAUUAGUGAAAGAAAACUGAAGGAACUUCUUGGUCACACUCCAUCUCAAGUUUUUGGUGGAGCGUUGCUUGGCAUUUUAAUAGCCUGUUUCUGUUGUCAAGGUUGUGGUGUGGGGGUUUAGGUGAUUCUGUUCUCUUGCCAUUUUGUUUAUCAAACUGUAUUGAUUGAUAGAAUACUAUUUGUUCUGAUAAUGUGAUGCAGCCUUCUGGACCUCUGGUAUAUGAAACGGCCCAUUUAAUAGGUGCCCUUAUUCAAGGCCAAAUACUUCAACAUGAGUAAAAUGUAAAUGGAAACAUUACUGAUAAAACUGGGCAACACGUGUCAUUUUUGGCAAGAUAGUAAUGAGUGGAGAUCUCCUCCAAUUCUUUUUCAUUAUUAAGGAUUUUGGUGUAUAAAUGCCUUGUAUUUCUAGAAAUGAGAACAUGCAUUCUGUUUAAUUAGACUUUUAUACGUUCAAAGCAUUAGUAACAAUAUAACUCCAUUUUUUUUUUUGAGAAAUAUUGCAAAUUUCUACCAGACAGUAUAGUGAACUUUGGUUCUUUUGUCA